AUGGCCAUGGCCCCGCGUCCCCAGAACAUUGGCAUCAAGGCCAUUGAAAUCUACUUCCCCAGUCAGUAUGUCGAGCAAUGCGAGCUGGAAAAGUUUGACGGCGUCGCCGCCGGCAAAUACACCAUCGGCCUCGGCCAAACCAAGAUGGGCUUCUGUGACGAUCGCGAAGACAUCUACUCCCUUGCUCUCACGGUUGUCUCAAACCUCCUCAGCAAGUACAAGAUCGACCCCAACUCCAUCGGCCGCGUCGAGGUCGGCACCGAGACCAUCCUGGACAAGUCAAAGUCGGUCAAGUCGGUUCUCAUGCAGCUGUUCGGGGACAACACCAACAUCGAAGGCGUCGAUACCGUCAAUGCCUGCUACGGCGGCACCAAUGCCCUGUUCAACAGCGUCAACUGGGUCGAGUCCUCCGCAUGGGACGGGCGAGACGCCAUUGUCGUCGCCGGCGACAUUGCGCUGUACGCCAAGGGCAACGCUCGUCCCACCGGAGGCGCCGGCGCCGUGGCCAUGCUCAUCGGCCCCGACGCCCCCGUCGUCAUGGAGCCGGGCCUGCGAGGCACCUACAUGCAGCACGUCUACGACUUUUACAAGCCCGACCUGACCAGCGAGUAUCCGUACGUCGACGGCCACUACUCCAUCAACUGCUACACAAAGGCCCUGGACGCCGCCUACCGCGACUACUGCAAGCGCGAGGCCAAGAUGGCCAACGGCCACGUCAACGGCCACGCCAACGGUACCGAUCCCAGCAAGACGCCUCUCGACCGCUUUGAUUACCUUGCUUUCCACGCCCCCACCUGCAAGCUCGUGCAAAAGUCGUACGCCAGGUUGCUAUACCACGACUACCUGUCCAAUGCCGACGCCCCCGCCUUUGCCGAGGUGGCUCCCGAGCUGCGCGACAUGGACUACGAAAAGUCCCUGACUGACAAGCUCGUCGAGAAGACCUUCAUGGGCCUUAGCAAGAAGAAGUUCCAGGAACGCGUCAGCCCCGCCACCCAGGUCGCCGCCAUGUGCGGCAACAUGUACUGCGCCAGCGUUUGGGGUGGCGUUGCCAGUCUGCUGUCCUUUGCCGAGCCCAAGGCCCUCGAGGGCAAGCGCAUCGGUGUCUUCUCGUACGGCUCUGGCCUGGCUUCCAGCUUCAUGUCCUUCCGGGUCAACGGCAGCGUCGAAACCAUUGCCAAGACGCUCAACAUUCCCGCUCGCCUCGAGGCUCGCCGCGCCGUGCCCCCCGAGGCCUUUGAUGCUAUGUGCGAGCUCCGCCACCAAGCCCACCUCAAGAAGGAUUACACCCCCAAGGGUGAGCCUUCCACCAUCGCCCCCGGCACAUACUACCUCGAAAAGGUCGACGGCAUGUUCAAGCGCGAGUACAAAGUCCAGGCAUAG